GCUAGAAAUGGCUUGUCAUUCCAAGAAAUCUCCUUCCUCACCUUCCAGGCCGUGGUGCAGGUCUCCCUCUCCUUGAAGAAGCUCAUGGAAGUCAUCAUCAUCCCGAUCCUCUACGCAGUCACAACCCUGGUCUCUUACUACUCGUCCAUCCUGGUCUCCAGAUGGCUAGAGUUGACUGAGCCGGAGUCCAACUUUGUCACCGCAAUGUCCGUCUUCGGCAACUCAAACUCCUUGCCUGUCUCCUUGACUUUGGCCUUGGCGUACUCGUUGCCCGACUUGGAGUGGGACGACAUCCCGGACGACACCCCAGACAAGAUCGCAUCCAGAGGCUUGAUCUACCUCUUGAUUUUCCAGCAAUUGGGCCAGAUGUUGCGUUGGUCCUGGGGUUACAACAAGUUGUUGGCCAAGCAACCCGACCACGUCAUCUUCUACGGAGAUCAGCCCAACAGCAAAACCACCUCUUCGAGCUCCAAUACCAACGUCAACGUCAACUAUCUAACUGCCAACUACGGUAAUGGUGAAGGAGACGAUGACGAUGAGUGUGGCGACGGAGAUUCCACCACUCAGCUUAUCGAAGAAUACCCUAGCACCACCUCCGGCGCAAUGUCAUCUUCGACGUCUUACGGAAACAACAACCAACAUGGAGAAGAUUCAGAAGACAAGGAAGUCGAGAGACCAUUUCUGGUGAGAGUGCUCCUCGGGUUCUACAACUGGAUGAACCCGCCACUCUGGUCCAUGCUAGCCGCCAUGGUAGUGGCGUCUAUACCGCCUUUGAAGGCUGCAUUUUACGAGAACAACGGUUUCGUGCAACACACGUUGGCCAGUGCGAUCAAACAGCUCGGUGGAGUCUCCAUUCCGUUGAUCUUGGUUGUUUUAGGUGCCAACUUGGCCCCUUCCAGCGAUAUACCGCCGGCAUGUCCGCACUACAAGAGGAUGAUACUCGGCUCGUUGCUCGGCAGAAUGGUUCUACCAUCGUUGAUCUUGCUACCGAUGAUUGUCCUCUCCGUGAAAUACAUCAGCUUGAGCAUCAUGGAAGAUCCGAUCUUUUUGAUUACAAGUUUCCUUCUCAUCACAUCGCCGCCGGCCAUCCAGUUGAGCCAAAUUUGCCAGUUGAACGAGUUGUACCAGAAGGAGAUGGCCGGCGUUUUGUUUUAUGGGUACGCCAUCUUGACGCUCCCGGUCACCAUCGUAGUUGUUGUAACAUGCAUCGAAGCAAUGAAGUGGUCCCAA